CGUGACCAAAGUUCCUGCCCUCCGGCUCCCUUAUAAGGGGGAGGCUACUUGGAGGCUCCUUGUAAUGUUGUGGGGGAAGAGCGAGGUGGAGCACGGCAAGUUGAUCUGGGUCAGCGACGCAUCAUGACAAGCUGCUGUGUGUACCUUCUCUGCACAUUGGUGUGCAUCACCAAAAGCUUUUACGCCCAGGAUGAGAUCCGCACGGAGGAAUACCAAGCUAGCCAUUUACGAUAUUUUAUGAACACGGAUGGCAACGAAAAGCAGUUGAUCAAUGAUUUGCAUGAAGUGUUGGAUAGACUUCAGAAAAAUCAACUUUCAGCUUUGAGGAAAAAACACGGCCACCUGCCCAUGUGUGAUCCAGGAGAACAGUGUGCACUGAGGAGAGGCUCCAGGAUCGGGAAGCUGUGCGAUUGUUCCCCGCCAAGAACGUGCAAUUCUUUCUUACAUCGAUGUUUAUGAUACAAUCUGACCUCGAAAAAAAAAAAAAACAUCUCAAGCUAACUUUAACUUAUGUAUUCAAUUGACCGUUUGAUAUUGGUGCUAUAAACCUGUAAACAUUUUCUAAAUCGUUUUAUAGUGUGAAAAUAUUGAUUUUAUAAUGUGGAUACAUUGAUGCUUCUUUUAAUAAAUGAUGCAAAUG